GGCGGGGAAGAACCCGGAAGUGGCGAGGGGAAGGUGGCGGCAGGGCUGCGCUCCAUGUGUGUGACCAUGCCGGGGCUCCCGCCGGAGGAGCGCGUGAGGAGGCUGAUCCAGGCGGGAAGCAGCGUGGAGGUGAGCGAGGACAUCCCCCCGCGCCGCUACUACCGCUCGGGGGUGGAGAUGCUGCGCAUGGCGGCGGUGUACGCGGAGGAGGGCAACGCCGAGCACGCCUUCAUCCUCUACAACAAGUACAUCACGCUCUUCAUCGAGAAGCUGCCGCAGCACCGCGACUACAAAACCGCCGUCAUUCCCGAGAAGAGGGAGACGGUCAGAAAGCUGAAGGAAGUAGCCUUUCCCAGAGCGGAAGAGCUCAAGGAGGAGCUGCUAAAGAGGUACGCCCAGGACUAUGCUAAGUACAAGGAGCAGGAGCAGCAGCUGGAGCAGGAGAAGAGCCGUGUGGCCCUGAUGAAGCAGCAGCAGGCGGAGCAGGAGCAGUUCCACGCCUUCGAGGAGAUGAUCCGGCGGCAGGAGCUGGAGAAGGAACGCCUGAGGAUAGUGCAGGAGUUUGGGAAGCCAGAGCCGGAGUCUCUGGAUGGACCCCUCAUCCCUGGAGUGGAAAAGCCACCCACUGAUUUAACCCCAAAGGUUCCAGUGUCUUCAGCUCACCCAGCAAGUCCCUCAGCGGGGACUGUCCCACCCAGACCUCCCGUUGUGGACAGAUCUUUGAAGCCCAGUGCUCUGGGGAGCACAGAAACCAGUGCAGCAGUGGAUGUCCUUCGCCAGGUCAUUGUCCCCAGGGAGCUGUGCCACAAAUUCCUCCAGCUGGCUGAUGCCAACACGGUGCGGGGUGUGGAGACCUGUGGGAUCCUCUGUGGGAAGCUGAUGAGGAACGAGUUCACCAUCACCCACGUGAUCGUGCCCAAGCAGCACGGGGGCCCCGACUACUGCAACACGGAGAGCGAGGAGGAGCUGUUCCUGAUCCAGGACCAGCAUGGCCUCGUCACCCUGGGCUGGAUCCACACCCAUCCCACCCAGACAGCCUUCCUGUCCAGUGUGGACCUGCACACCCACUGCUCCUACCAGAUGAUGCUGCCGGAGUCCAUCGCCAUCGUCUGCUCUCCCAAGUACCAGGAGACGGGGUUUUUCCGGCUGACAGAGCAUGGCCUGGAGGAGAUCUCGUCCUGCCGCCAGAAAGGCUUCCACCCUCACCCCAAAGACCCCCCUCUCUUCACGACCUGCAGUCACGUGUCAGUGGUGGAGAGGGACGUUGUGCUGAUGGAUCUCCGAUAAAGCCUCCUGCCUUAUCCGCUCACAGGAACCUCCCGCCUUCCUCUCAGCCUUAGGGAUUGGUUUGCUCCCUCCCGUAGCAGAUGAUUCCCACCCCUGAAUGAAUCACAUCCCUGACCUCCUUGGGAGCACGUGGAGGGUGCCUGGAGCCUGCUGAGGUCCAAGGUGUGGGGAAAAGCCAGCUGGGAAUCCCGAGGCAGGAGCCGACACUAAAGCAGUUGUUUAACACUCUUAACCCGUGGCUGGAACGGCCUCCUGGGGAGGCUCCCCGUGAUUUGCUGCAACCACGAGGCGUGGAAACCUCUUCAAGUGCUUUUGGGACUUGCCCAGAUUAACCUUUCCUGUAGUUUAGGAUGAAACCCUCCCAACCCCUCUCCCCUCUCACGAGCUCAGCCCCGCUGAGCUGAGCCGCUCCUGCUUCCCGGUACUCGGAUCUUUGCCUGGGGAGAGAGGGGACUCAGCUCCUUUGGGAUCCCCAUUUCAGGGAUGAAGGUGCCUGGGCAGGGCACAGCUUUGCAGAAUCUCCCCCCAUCCCAGCAGUGUUUAGGGGUGUCUGGUGAUGUCGUUCCCUUCCCUGGCUCUGGGAUCCUCUCGGCCCGUGGUUGUUACCGUGGAGGAGCACUGGGUGUCCCAGCUGCCAUCACUGCUCCCAGAUGGAAUUCCAGUUGCUCUGGCCACUUCCAUCCUCCAGGAUCCCACAGCCUGAUUGCCUCUGAGCUUCCCAGAGCAGCUGGAAGGCCGUCCUUGCCAAACCCAAGCUCCGGGUGACGUCGCUGCCGUGCGGUGCCGCCGGAUCCUGCUCCGAGGUGCUUUAGUCGGGUGCCAAGCAGAGAAUUCCCUUCCCCUGCGCUCCAGGCUGAGCCUCCGCCCUCACUGGGUGGGAAGCAGCAGAAUUCCAAGGUGGGAGGCAGCUGGGCCCGGGGGCUGAGCGUGACCCACACCCCGCAGCCUGCGGAGGGCUGGUCGGCACAUGGCAGUGCAGGGACGGGCGAGGCUGGAGCUGCCUCCCCACCUGGCACCAAAAUAUCCAUGUCCCUGUGUCCCUGUGCAUCCAACACCCCUCAGUGUCCCGGGGAACACACGUGGAUCAGAUUA